AUGCCCAGAACUGGUUACCUCACGGAGGGCGACUGGCGCGAUGAGUUCCACAAGUAUGGUUGCGUGGUCAUCAAAAAUGUGAUCAGCCCAGAGCGCGCCGAAUACUAUCGCGAGAAACAGAUUCAGUGGCUGAAGAACUUUGAUCUUGGCUUUGAUGAAAGAGAUGAGAGUACCUGGAAAGAGGCGCAUUUGCCUGUUAGCUUCAAGGGAGGCAUGUAUUUCGCUUAUGGUUCUCCUCAUGAGAAAAUGGCCUGGGAAGCACGCUCGGAGCCCGCAGUUAUCAAGAUUUUUGAGACUCUUUGGGAAACCAAGGAGCUAAUCAGCUCGUUUGAUGGAAUGAACAUCUCUAUGCCGCGGCGCAAGGACCUUCGCUGGAGCCCAUGGCCUCACUGUGACCAAAAUCAAAGGCGUAAAGUAAUGCAAGCCGUUCAGGGACUGCUUAACUAUGCUCCCAACGGUCCCAAGGACGGUGGUCUUAUGUUGAUGAAAGGCUCCGCUAAACUUUUCGACGAGUUCUUUGCCCAAAAGCGCGAGUCCUAUAACCACGAAGACGCACUGCCUCCCGAGAUGGAAUACAUGGAUCUUUUCCUGUUCAGUGAUAAAGACGUGAACAUGGAUCCUGGCGAUUUCGUUCUAUGGGACUCCCGGACUAUGCACUACGCUUGUCUGCCCGAGGGAGACCAGAUCCGCCAUGUGCAGUAUAUCUGCAUGAUACCCAAGCGCUUUGCGUCGCCAGAGGCAUUAGAGCUAAAGAAGCAAUGCUUCGAAAAUUAUAUUGGAACUAUUCACUGGCCCCACUGCAAUAUUCGGCCUGCUAAGGAGAAACCUAUGCGUGGGGAUGUCGUCUGGCCGAAGGACCGCAGCGUACCAUUUGAGAAACCCGAGUUGACGGACACGGUCUUGAAAUUGGCUGGUGUUAAGGCCUACUGA